UGUAGUUUGUUUUACUUGCUACACGUAGGUAACGAUACUGGUCAUGGAGCCCAUCCCGGAGGUCAAUGAGAGUGAAGAGAUGUACGGACUGGUGGACCAUAUUUAUGAUGCUUUAAUUAAAUAAAUACCUUUUCGGGCGAGUACCCAGAAAAAUGUAAAACAAUUUGAUUAUGUUUUAUAUUUAAGCUUCCGUACUGUUUCAACAAUACUCUGAAUUUAAUAUUUGAAAUUAUCACUUAUGUUAAAGUUUAAAUGGGUUUUAAAUUGUCCUUCAAAUUACCAUGCGUAUUUACCAUCAUGGUAACCACUGUGCGUGACGCCGUCUACCCUCUUCGUUUGGGAGUUUCUCUCUACAGGAACUGCAGUGCUGGCCAGUGUUCACGUAACACGGUUCACAGAGUAUCCUAAACUACUGCUUCCUCUGUGAUUUUGUUGUGUUUUUUGUGCAAAAUUUGGAUCUCCAGGAUCGACUUCAAUAGAGGAUUCCAUUUUUGAGUUUAUCUUUUCUGAUUUCGGAAUGGAUUUUGCUGAAAUUGAACAGUGACUGCCCUGCCAAGAUAUAGAUUUAGUUCUCUAAAUGCCUCAAGAUUUGGUAGCCUGAUAUCAUCACAACCUCUAUACACAUAGAAUGUCUAUAUUUGUGUGUAUAUAAUCUUAGAUAAAAGGGUGCACUCCACUUAGUCAGAUUUAAUGUUAAUAAAAUGCUAAUUUGUUCUUUUUUGUACGACUUGUUUCUUCUUUUCUUGAUAAAUUAUUAUUUUAAACUGCUUGAAUAAUUUCAACAUAAAGGUAGCACAUGGUGUCAUGUUGAGAACAUGCAAAGAGACUAAAGAGGGUAAAAUCCUUGAAAUUCAUGUUGUAAAAAAGGAUAGCUUAGUGCAUAAAACAUCAUGCCAGGUGAGGGUUUCAUGCAAUUGCACAUACAUACACAAGAGAAAAUAAUCUAUGUUUUUUUAUUAGGUUUUAAGAACUUUACUAUCUAGCAUAAUGGAAAUGCUUUUGUUUGUUUGGCUAAUUGAGCAAAUCAUUGUAGGGUACAAACUUAAAAAAAAUAGAGACUUGUGGUGAACAAGAUUGUUAGAGGAUGACACCUUUUCUGGUCACUUGAGAAGCUUCUUUAGUAUGGUGUGGGAUUCAUUUAUGUAUCUAUUUGGUGAGUCAUAUGUGUCCUCUGUCGGUGCUAUGUCACUGUUAGUUGCAAAGUAUGUUUUGUGCCAUCAAAGGUAUCUCGUAAAAAGCGAGUGAUUAUUGGGAUUCUUCAUGUGUCUGCCCAGCAUUGAUCCUCACAAUCUUGUUGGAACUUGGUGUUGAGACAUGUAUUAGGCAUAAUCUACUCGGCACAUCAGUUUAGUGAGAUUUUGACUGCAUUCUUUUGUUUAUUUUCAUAUUUCAUUGACAGUUAGAAAGAACAUAAGACUAAUGUACAUAGGAAUGUUAUGUUGUUUGGUGCAUAGGUUAUCAUACCUUAUAUGAAUGGUACCGAUCAGCCGAGAGUGAGCAUUUCCCAGAUCCUACUGGUCUUAAAGAACGUUUAGAGCGAUGGACAUUUGGCCUUUAUCCAGCCUGCAUCAAGUAUCUCAUGUCUGCAUUCGAUGUGCCUGAGGCAAGAACAAAUGUUAACUACUAUUGCAAUUAAUGCUAAUCAAUUACUAGUUAUUUUAUUUUUUAUGGGUUGUGUGGGCCAGUAAUGGCGGUGACAAGGAACAACAUAUGCAAGAACGGGAUGGAAUCACUGUCGCGUGGGAUUGCUGCAGUAUAUUAUGCGUUUGUGCGUGAAAGAGGUGUUUGAAGUACAACUAAGUUUAGUUAUCACAUUCAUGCAAUUUAAUUUUUUUAAUACUAGGUUCAUUGCAACCAAUUACUAGGUCGAUCUAGAAGAGCGAGACUUUCAUGAAGUUGAUAAAGGUUAUUGAUAUGAAUCAGUUACUACAUUGGGGAUGACAUGUAUGAGACAAUGAUUGAAUUUGCAAGGCAUUUCAUGAAGUAUCAUGCAACUUGAACAAUUCAAGUAUGAUAUGGGAACAAAUGACAAAUUUAGUUGGCUCAAUGGACAAUUAUGAUGUCCUUUUAUUUAUGUAAAUAUUAAUUAUUUGAUGAUAUUAAUAUUUUGAAUGAGAUAUAGUUUCCUAUUUCUCAUGUUGUAAUUUUUUAUUUAUACUCAUUUUGUGCUAUCAAUGAGAAUCAAUCAUUCAGAAAACUUACAUGGUAUCAGAGCCUUGGUUCUAAACCCUAAUGCAACUGCUUUUUUUAAGUUCGGGUUUCGACCCACUAGUAGGGUUUUGACCCUUUUGUGGUUAGCCGCCGGCCGCCCUUAUCCGAUCCUGCUCCCUUUCAUUCUCCAUGGGUGACAAAGCCGAUACAUCCCACACUACCAAACUACUAGUUUCCCUUCACUCGGUAUACACAAUCAUUGACAUCCAGAAGAAAGUUUGCAUGUUGGAUGGCUUAAAAGUCACGUAUUCUACGUGGCUGAAGCUUUUUAACCUUUAUGCACAUGGGUACGAUUUUCUUGAUCACAUCACCUUUGAACCACCAGCUGAAGACGACCCGUCAUAUGCCCAAUGGAUGAAGAUCGACGUUAUUGUCCAUUAAUGAGUAUUUUCAGGGAAGUAUUUCAGAAAUUCCACCGACCUAAAGUAGCGAAAUAAGGAGUAAAUUCCCUCAAUCCCUCACAAUUUUGAUCUUUCUCAUAUGUAACCUCUAUUUUCAAACGCCUCCUUCUUCAAUCGGAGGGAAAACGAAGUUGGAGGUGAGCAAUCAAGGCACACCCAAAGCAAUCACCUUGUUUUUUCCCGAUUCUCUUUAUUCCUGAUCAGUGACACGUCUCUUACAAGUCUAGAGCAGUCAAGUAUCUGUUUGAAUUGUUUAAAUGCUGUGAUUUCCAUGAAAGCUGCAUAUUACCUGUUGA